AUGGGUCUGGAGGAGAGGUGUGACUCCAUUAUUGGAUCAAGGGUUCAUUUUCUUCUGAAAUCAUCUCCUUCAUUUUCUUUGUGUUGGCACACGUUUCUCCUUUUCCUUUCAGGUUUUGUGCCCUUUGGUACUCCAGUGGUUGUGGGCCUCCUUUUACCCAAUCAGACAUUUGCUUCCACCAUCUUCUGGCAGUGGCUGAACCAGAGCCACAACGCCUGUGUCAACUACUGCAACCGUAAUGCGACUAAGCCCACGCCAAUGUCAAAGUUUUUCCAGGGUUACCUUGGUGCAGUCAGCAGUGCCGUUACUAUUGCGGUGGGGCUGAAUCUUCUUAUUAAAAGAGCUGAGCAUUUCAGUCCAGCUACAAGAAUCCUGGUCCAAAGGUUCAUCCCGUUCCCUGCCGUUGCAAGUGCCAACGUGUGUAAUGUUUUGCUGAUGCGCCACACUGAGCUGUCAGAGGGCAUCAGCGUACUGGACGACAAAGGCAAUGUGGUGGGCACCUCAAAGCUGGCUGCCAGGCAUGCUCUGAUGGAGACAUCCCUGACACGUGUCGUGCUGCCCAUGCCUGUUCUCUUGCUGCCACCUUUAAUAAUGGCCAUGCUGGAGAGGCUCCCUCUGCUGCAGAAGCACUCUCGUCUCGGGCUGCCUGUUCACAGCAUGGUGUGUCUCUGCGCGUUCGGCCUAGCGCUGCCUGUUGCCAUCAGCCUGUUCCCCCAAAACAGUCAGACGGGUCUGGCUUAA